GAUGGCAGCGGACACUUCAACAACUUGAUCCGCGUCAGGCCCGCCGCGCCGUCGCAGUUUCGUCUUAUUCGGGAACGUCUGGCGAAGCUGAAGACAAAAAGAAUUCAAAUGGAAAGGUCCCUUUCUUCACCAGCCCUUCCCUUCCCGCUGCGGCUGGGGGCCCCCCAGCAGGGGCCCCCUGAGGGGGCCCCUCAGCAGGGGCCCCCCCAGCAGGGCGCCCCCAAGGGGCCCCCGCAGCAGGGAGCCCCGCAGCAGGGGGCCCCCCAGAAGGGGGUUUCUCUGCAGGGGGCCCCAGAGGGGCCCCUCCAGCAGGGGGGGGCCCCCCAUCAAGGGGGAGGGGCCCCUCAUGUAGGGUAUUGGGGGCCCCGAGGGGCCCUCCCUUGGAAAGGGGGCCCCCGAGGGCCGCUGGGGACUCCCACAGGAGGCCCCCCCUCAGCCGCGGAUGCGCAGCGGGGCCCUGGCCCCUCCAGCAGCAGCAAGACGCGUAUCGGUGCAGCAGGACGAGCAGCAGCAGCAGCAGCAGGAGCAGCAGCAGGUGAGUCUGGCGUCUGA